AUGGUUGCCAGGAGUCAGUUUAAGGGAAGCAGUGCCACGGUAGCGCAGUUGAUUGAGGAAGUCGGCCGCAGUGGGGGUAGGAGGCCUGUGUUCCAGUAUAAGGUUCCACGCUCGAUACGAUGGGCUUCGACCGCCCUAGCUGUGGUGUUCGUGACGUAUGGGGCUGCUUACACCGAUAUGUCGUGGAGAACCGCUCGAGAAGUGUACGGGAAUGCCACCGAGGAUGAACAACGCAGUGUAUGGUUCAAGUUCAAGACUUUUGGGCCGGUCGCCCUUGGGGUCUUACCCAUAGUCCUGGCCUGCGGUACGAAGCACGUAACAUCGAGGCUAGUCACAGAGAUGAAAUGUCUACCGCCCGCCAAGAAUAGCACGGUACCACGGUGCCAGUUGACCCGACACACUCCCUUCCGGGGGAGGCCAGUCACCAUUCUCAGAGACAUCAAUGAGCUGUCCAAGAACAAAACCACCAAGAUCUUUACCGGGGUGGGAUCGCAGGGUAUGGAGGACAAGGCGACGUUUGUGUUCUUCAUAGAAGACAGAAAGGCGACUUCAUUUUUUAACAGGUUUUAUAUCUUCUCGAGAUCUGGCAGCGUAGUCAAGAACGACGCUAGGAUCUUGGAUUGCUUCUUCAACGAUGCCUCAGUCAACAAGCUACUGAACAAGUCCAUAUUGACCCAGAUUCUCUCGCGCACCUCUGCCAAGACUCAAUUUCACUCCAAUAAUUCCGGAUUUUCCAUCAAAAAUAUUGUUAAGCCCAAACACUAA